AAAUCUAAUCUUUGUGUGUUUCAGGUGUAAAUGUAAUCUCCACUCGUCUCAGUGUGUUUAUAUGGACGGCAACUUACAGUGUCAGUGUGAACACAACACCACCGGCCAGGACUGCCAGCGCUGCAAAAAAGGAUAUAAAGCCAAGACCUGGAAACCAGGAUCGUAUUUACCAACUCCGAACGGAUCCCCAAACACAUGUUCUCAGGCAUUGGCUGGUUCUUCUUCUGGAUCCAUGACCGAUACCUCAGCUGAAGAGUUCACUACAGUUGUAACAGAAUCGCCAGUGUUGGACACAGAUGCUCCUCCGGCACAUGUAGAUACUGUAAACCACGUCCCAUCAGCUGAAAUAGACCCCAAGGCACUUUAUACCACCCCAAAAGCCACGCCCCCUUCUCAUAUUUUCAGAGAGGACACUCCCCGCACGGCCACACCUCCAGAGGAGGAGCCUGUGCACAUACAUAUACAGAGCAAAGCACCACCAGUGGAGGAUUCUGGGGAAGUUGAAGAGAUUUCUGAAAAGAAAGAGAUGACUUCAGGGAGACAUGAAGUAUCUGAAGAUGUAAAGAGAGUGGAGACUUUUCUGGAACAUAACAGACACAGGGAAGAAACUGCACCUGAACCUGUUGGAUCAGUGCGGGAGUCUGCCGAGCCAAAGCCAGAGUCGAUUCCAAAGCCAAUUUUGGAAACACACAAGCCACUACACAAACCUCAAGUUCAUGUGUCUACAGCGGAAUCUCAUGGAGCAGCACAAACAUCACAUGAAUCAGUAACAAAGCAUCAUGAACCAAUUCAGAAACUUCAUGAGUCAACAGUGAAACCUCACUCAAUGCAUACAACCCAUGAGACUAUACAGAAACCUCAUGAACCAAAAGUGAAUUCUCAUGAAUCAAUGCAUAAACCCCAUGAGCAAAUUGUAAAUCUUAAUGAAUCAAUGUAUAAGCCUCAUCAGCCAAUAUGGGAUCCACAUUCAUCGCCGCAAAAACCUUUUGAGCCAAACGUGAACCCCCUUGAGUCAGUAGUGAAUAUUCAUGAGUCAACGCAUAAAUCACAUGAAGCAGUAGUGAAUCCUCAGGAAUCAAUGAAUAACCCUCAUGGGUCAGUAGUAAACCCUCACAAGUCAGGGCAUAACCCUCAUGGGUCAGUAGUGAACCCUCACGGGUCAGGGCAUAACCCUCAUGGGUCAGUAGUCAACCCUCACGAGUCAGGGCAUAACCCUCAUGGGUCAGUAGUGAAUCCUCACGAGUCAGGGCAUAACCCUCAUGGGUCAGUAGUGAAUCCUCACGAGUCAGGGCAUAACCCUCAUGGGUCAAUAGUAAACCCUUAUGAGUCAGGGCAUAACUCUUAUGGGUCAGUAGUGAACCCUCACGGGUCAGUAGUGAACCCUCACGGGUCAGGGCAUAACCCUCAUGGGUCAGUAGUGAAUCCUCACGAGUCAGGGCAUAACCCUCAUGGGUCAAUAGUGAACCCUCACGGGUCAGGGCAUAACCCUCAUGGGUCAGUAGUGAAACCUCACGGGUCAGUAGUGAACCCUCACGAGUCAGGGCAUAACCCUCAUGGAACAGUAGUGAAUCCUCACGAGUCAGGGCAUAACCCUCAUGGGUCAAUAGUAAACCCUCUUGAGUCAGGGCACAACCCUCAUGGGUCGGUAGUGAAUCCUCAUGGCUCAGGGCUUAACCCUCAUGGGUCAGUAGUGAAUCCUCACGAGUCAGGGCAUAACCCUCAUGGGUCAGUAGUGAACCCUCACGAGUCAGGGCAUAACCCUCAUGGGUCAGUAGUGAACCCUCACGAGUCAGGGCAUAACCCUCAUGGGUCAGUAGUGAACCCUCACGAGUCAGGGCAUAACCCUCAUGGGUCAGUAGUGAACCCUCACGAGUCAGGGCAUAAUCCUCAUGGAACAGUAGUGAAUCCUCACGAGUCAGGGCAUAACCCUCAUGGGUCAGUAGUGAACCCUCACGAGUCAGGGCAUAAUCCUCAUGGAACAGUAGUGAAUCCUCACGAGUCAGGGCAUAACCCUCAUGGGUCAAUAGUAAACCCUCUUGAUUCAGGGCACAACCCUCAUGGGUCGGUAGUGAAUCCUCAUGGCUCAGGGCUUAACCCUCAUGGGUCAGUAGUGAAUCCUCACGAGUCAGGGCAUAACCCUCAUGGGUCAGUAGUGAAUCCUCACGAGUCAGGGCAUAACCCUCAUGGGUCAGUAGUGAAUUCUCACGAGUCAGGGCAUAACCCUCAUGGGUCAGUAGUGAAUACUCACGAGUCAGGGCAUAACCCUCAUGGGUCAGUAGUGAAUCCUCACGAGUCAGGGCAUAACCCUCAUGGGUCAGUAGUGAAUAUUCAUAGUUCAGAGCAGAAAUCUCAUGAUCCAGUAGGGAAUCCGCAUGGGUCAGAGCAUAACCUUCAUGGGUCAGAGGUGAAUCAUCAUGGAUCAGAACAUAAAUCUCAUGAGCCACUAGUAAACCCCCAUGGGUCAGAGCAUAGUCCUCAUAGGUCAGAAGUGGAUCCUCAUGGGUCAGUAGUGAAUCCUCAUGGGUCAGGGCAUAAAUCUCAUGACCCAGUUAUGAAUCCCCAUGAUCCAGUAGUAAAUCCUCAUGGGUCAGAGCAUAAAUCUCACGAUGCAGUAGUGAAUCAUCAUGGGUCAGUGGAUAAAUCUCAUGAACCAGUAGUGAAUGCUCAUGGGUCAGAGCAUAAGCCUCAUGGGUCAGGUCAUAAACCUCAUGAGUCAGUAGUGAAUCCUCAUGGAUUGGAGCAUAAAUCUCAUGACCUAGAAGUAAAUCCUCAUGGUUCAAAGCACAACACACAUGAGCCAAUAGUGAAUCCUCAUGGGACAGAGCAUAACCCUCAUGGGUCAUCAGCAAAUCCUCAUGAGUCAGAUCAUAAAUCUCAUGAGCCAGUAGUUAAUCCACAUGGGUCAGGGCACAACCCUCAUGGGUCAGGGCAUAACCCUCACAACCCAGUAGUGAAUCCUCAUGUGUCAGAGCAUAAAUCUCAUGACCCAGUAGUACACCCUCAUGGGUCAGGGCAUAACAAACAUGAGCCAAUAGUUAAUCCUAUUGGGUCAGGGCAUAACUCCCAUGGGUCAGUAGUGAAUCCUCAUGGGUCAGAGCAUAACCCUCAUGGGUCAGUAGUGAAUCCUCAUGGGUCAGAGCAUAACCCUCAUGGGUCAGUAGUGAAUCCUCAUGGGUCAGAGCAUAACCCUCAUGGGUCAGUAGUGAAUACUCAUGGCUCAGGGCAUAACUCUCAUGGGUCAGUAGCAAAUCCUCAUGGCUCAGAGAAUAACCCACAUGGGUCAGAGCAUAACUCUCAUGGGUCAGUAGCAAAUCCUCAUGGGUCAGGGCAUACAUUUCAUGGGUCAAUAGCAAAUCCUCAUGUGUCAGCGGAAAACCCUCAUGGGUCAGUAGCGAAUCCUCAUGGGUCAGAGCAUAACUCUCAUGGGUCAGUAGCGAAUCCUCACGGGUCAGAGCAUAACCCUCAUGGGUCAGAAGCGAAUCCUCAUGGGUCAGAGCAUAACUCUCAUGGAUCAGUAGCAAAUCCUCAUGGGUCAGGGCAUAAGCCACAUGGGUCAGAGUAUAACCCUCAUGGGUCAGUAGCGAAUCCUCUUGUGUCAGAGUAUAACACUCAUGGGUCAGUAGCGAAUCCUCAUGGGUCAGCGCAUAACCCUCAUGGGUCAGUAGCGAAUCCUCAUGGGUCAGGGCAUGACCCACAUGGGUCAGAGUAUAACCCUCAUGGGUCAGUAGAAAACCCUCAGGGGUCAGCGCCUAACUCUCAUGGAUCGGUAGCAAAUCCUCAUGGGUCAGUAGAAAAUCCUCAUGCGUCAGCGCAUAACUCUCAUGGAUCGGUAGCAAAUCCUCAUGGGUCAGCGCAUAACUCUCAUGGGUCGGUAGCAAGUCCUCAUGGGUCAGCGCAUAACUCUCAUGGGUCAGGGCAUAAUCCUCAUGGGUCAGGGCAUAAUCCUCAUGAGUCAGGGCAUAAAACUCAUGGGCCAAGGCAUAAGCCUCAUGGGUCAGUAGUGUAUCCUCAUGAGCCAAUGCAUAACCCUCAUGGACACCUACAUAAUGAACCAAAAAGUGAGUCACAUGGGCCGAUACCAGAGUCUGCCAGGACAACAGACGAAUCCGUGCUGCCAAUCUCAGCAUUGGAGUCUGAUCCAAACAUCGAGAUGGUUUCAAUACACAUGUCACCUGAAGAGAAAAAGGAGGGAUAUACUCAUAAAGCUCUUAUGAAGUUCUUAUUAUCUGGCGGGAAACAGACUGUACAGCUAAAAGGCAUCAUAUAUGACGACUUUCAAGAUUGUGAAUGUAACGGACACUCGAAUCGCUGCAGUUACAUCGACUUCCUGAACAUAGUGACGUGCGUGAGCUGCAAACACAACACGAGGGGGCAGAACUGCGAACACUGUCGCAUGAGCUACUACAAAAACAUGUCUGCAGAGCCUGAUGAUGAGAACGUGUGUAUCGAGUGUAACUGUAAUGCGUUGGGCUCAGUUCAUGACCGCUGCAACGGCACCGGCUUCUGUCAGUGUAAAGAAGGCACAACCGGAGUCAAAUGUGAUGAAUGUCUCCCGGGCUACUAUUGGAAACAGGGCUGUUUACCGAACGUGUGCGACGACGAGUUACUCUUGUGCCAGAACGGAGGGACGUGCGUUCAGAAUCAGCGCUGCAUCUGCACACCAGACUUUAAGGGUGUUUUGUGCCAACAUUCGCGCUGUGAAGAAGGCAAAAAGUGCAACGGCGCCAGCGCUCUCCGUUUGAGCCUGGCACUCCUGCUCUGCCCGCUUCUCGCCACCCUGCUGGGCUCCACCGCCUCCUGAGAAACCCCUGAAUAAUCUCCAGCAGCGGGCGCAGGAGGGCCAGAUGCUCACCGCCGCCCUCUACAGGCUGCAGAACGCACUGCAGGACAUCACGAACGAGAAACAAGACUCUAGUAGAGCUGGAAAUCAAUGGAACUCAACAUACACGCCUCGUGGGAUGAAUUAAAAACCAAAAGCAUACUGGGCAUGGGUCGGUAUAUGAUAACCUUGGAAAAAAGAUCACGAUAUUAUGUCUACUGCUCUAAAAUAUGUUCUCUUUCAAUGUCUGGGGUAAAAAAAGACUACUUUUUUUCCACAUUGAACACAAUCUAUUUCAUUUUAAAGAAAUAUUUUGGAACAGUAAACAUAUCAGGCUAAAUAAUUAAUAAUAAAUCAUUGACUAUCUUCGCUAGUUUCAGAUUUCCUUGAAAAGGCAUCUUUGGAUAUAAAGUAAAGCCAGUGCACUGUUCAGAUGGAUUAGAUGUUGGUUUAUAAGUGAUUUGCUUUUCAGAUGUUGUCUGAAUCUUGAGCUGAACAGUAGCGUUGGAUGUAGAGGGUCCUUUUUCUCACGGAGAUACUCGUGCCCUAAAAAACUAAAUUAAAUAGUCAUAAAAAAACAUCAUAGGAGCAGUAUCACAGAAAAUCGAAGUGUUUUUCCAAAACAUGGUAAUCCUUUAAACCGGUUAUCGUCCCAUGCCUAAAGCAUACAAACACAGAAUCUACAUGAAGCGACUUAUAGCCGCUUCGAAUGAAGCCUCGCCGCACUUACUUCACUCUGAUUGGCUGAAUUUGAGGGCGUGUCCUCACAGCGAUCGGAGUUUUCAAAAUAGGCGGGAAAAGUUGUUUUUUUUACACUCCUUUGCUGCAGUUUUUAACGUUCAGAUGUAUUUAACGAGCGUUCACUGUUAUUCGCUAACAAGCAAAGAAUAUUAUUGUGAUAUUUGUCAUAUCAUGACUAUUAAGAUUUUAGGCACUGUACCGCUGGUUGUUAUAGGAAUGUUAUGUCGCCACAGUUAGAGGUCAUUAAUAUUUAUAAAGUCUUAAAUCAGGACACGAACACACGCUUUCCAACUCAUAAGAGAAGAUAUCUAAUCAAAUUGAAUUAUUAUAUAAACCCACAUUAUUUGACUAUUUUUGGUAGAGAGUAUUUUUUCGUUUUGGAUCUAUUUAAGAGGCAAAAGGUUGUAUUACACUGUAAACUUUACAGCACACAAGAUAUUAUAGUAAAGGAAUCUAUAACAUGGAGAGUUUACACUUUCAGGUAUUACCGAAGAGGAUUUUACGCACUAAAUGUACCAAGCACAAAUCUAUAAAGACGGCAAACUGAAAUGUACGGGAUGGGUUUAUUACAUUACAGUUUAUUACACUGUAAACUUUAUGGCAAAUAGAUUUACAAAGCUAAAUGAACAGAAUGAUGUUUUAUGACACUGUAAACAUUACAGUAAAUGUGACUGUUACUUGGCCACC